AGCAUCAGUGCCUGUCUCACAGAGCUGUCUAAAGAUGUAUCACGAUGACACCUGGAAAGCUGGACCCAUGGAAAGCGGUCUGCUUUCCCAUCCGUCCAAAGAUGUCCAUCAAUGUUUUUCAAACUGUGUUCCAAGGCACCCUGGGACCAAGAAGCAAUUUCAACAAUCCUGGAGAGGAUGUCCCCAAGGUCCCCCCCCACGACUCCACCUACAUCCCUGUCUCCUCCUGGGGCCUGGCCCACCCCUCAGGGCCGGAUGUGACUGCUGGAUGUAGGUGGGGAAGAGGAAGGCGUGGGGGGUCUUGCGCAGGAAUCUACAUCCUGGGGACCAGGAGAUGGGAUCUCCAGGUGCCUGUUGCCCGGCUCCUGGCUCCAGCCAGGGAAGACGCCUCGGCCACUGCCUCCCUGGACACAGACCUGGCUCGGGGCCCAGAGCCCUUCCCGGACGUGAUGCCAGCACUUCCGCCUCCCCUCUGGUCAGGGAGACACCCUGGAGCCUCUUGUUCGGGGCCCAGGGCCAAGGCCUGGAUUAUCCGUGGCCCUGGUGCUGAGUUCCCGACACACCCCAGGUAUCCGGCAAGAAGGUGCAGCUGGGCCAUGCCAGGAACUACGGUGCAAAUGCCCUCAGAGGGGACCCGCCCUUGGGGAGUUCAUGAGCCCACAUUAUGUUUCCAUAACUAAGCUCAGCCCAUCAAAGAGCCUCCAGUCCAGGACCCUGCAAUCUACAGGCUCAGGCAGAAUGUAAGUGGGCAACGGGGCGGGGGGCUGUGGCCAAGUGGCACCCCCUUGCCCUGUCCACAGUGGGAGCUGCUAUUUGGCUCUGAUCAGCCAUUGCCAGGCUUUUGAUUUUUUUCAAGAGAGGCCAGAAAUCUGGGUUUUAAUGUGAAAUCUCCAGAUUUGGGGAAAAUUGGGGAAGCAAAACACAUCCAUGAACAGGAUAUGACGUGCAGGCCAUUAUGUCAUUGAGGAAGUCGGGGCUAAGUGGAAAAGCAGCAUGCAAGGGGCUAAUGGCAGGGUCCAGACUCACACCCAGGACCCCCAAUUCCAGGCUUGAGGAAGCUCCCAUUAGGCCAUUCCUAGGCUCAAAAAAAAAAAAAUUUUUUAAAAUAAAUCCACGUAGGACUUCCCAACACAGUAAACCCUAUCGUAAGCGAUGGACUAUAAAUAAUAGUACCAUUAUAAAAAUGUUAACAAAUGUCCCGCACUAACAGGUGUUACCAAUAGAGUGGUCUAUGGGAACUCUGUAUUUUAUGCAUGACUUCUCUGUAAACCUACAACUUCUCUAUUAAAAAAAAA